AACCUUCCACAUUCCAAUCCAAACAAUGUUAAAAAUAAAACUAUUGUACAAUAUAAGUUUAGUUAAUAUUUAUUUUCAUGAAUGAAAAUUAGUUUAGUUUGGAACAAUAUUCUUGAAGUAUUAUUUGAUCUAUUUUUUACUCACAAUAACUUGUAAAUUUGGUAUGUUAGUUAUCUUAAGUUUGACACGCCCUAUGUUAAUAAAUAGUAUCACAAGAAGAUGAAUUUCGUAUUUUUAAUAUUUUUUACAGUUUUCAUAAAUAUCAAGGAAAUUGAAAACUUAGAUUUAAAUGGAGAGUAUAUUGGAUGUUUCCAACAUCAGUCUGCAAACCAUUCAGACCUGGCUUUGUAUAUUAAUGGCACAUCAGCUGCCCAGACAGUAGAUAAUUGCCUGUCAUCUUGUCUGGAGCAUUUCUUCAGAUAUGCAGGAAUUCUAAAUGGCCAAUCGUGUUUGUGUGGAAGUAGUUACGGAAGCCAAGGCGCUGGCAACUGUACACAGCAAUGCUACGGAAAUUCUACCCAGUUGUGUGGUGGUUUACAAGCAACCAGUGUAUAUGCUACAGGAUUCUUAGUACCUGGACCACCAAAGAAUAUUAUUGUCAACCAAACAGGAAUUACGGAAACAAGAAUUGGACUGCAAUGGGAACCUCCCGACGCAGCCAAUGGGAACCUCAGUUUGUAUUACAUAACUGCCAACGCAAGUGAAACCUUCUCCCAGUCACCUGUACAUCCCAGAUCUUGGACAUACCCUGCAAGUCUCACAAGGGUUGGUCUGCUCAGCCUGUCACCUGGGACUCAAUACAAUGUUUCAAUCACUGCUGCCAAUGAAUUUGGUGCCGGGCGAUCUGCAAACAUUCUGGUGUGGACUCAAAUCAAAGAACCAUCCCCUCCUGAAAGCCCUGAAGUAGUAAAAAAAGACAAAGGGACAAUAACUGUUAGACUGAAACCAGCCAUAAACGAAUUUGGUCCUAUCAGUAAAUAUAGGAUCAUUGUCUCCGAAGAAGAAACGUUUUUUGAUCAUAAAUACCUCAAGUCUUGGUAUGAAUACAAGAAAGAAGAUCUUCCAUACUACAUUGCAGCGGAGCUAAGUCCGGAGAGUGUAACCAAUGGAACAGAGUUUGUGGUGGGUGAUGGUAAGCAUUACAAGAUUGAAGGUGACCGAGACUAUUACAACGCUCCACUACAGGCUAACAGACAGUUCUUGGUUACCUUGGGUGUGGUUAGCAGCUUCCAAGGAAUCACUAAGGCUUCUUAUUCUUCAUCUGCCCGCUCUCGAUCCCAACAAGGAGUUGUCCUUCUGGAUGUUCCUCCAGUUGGAUCAAUCAACAAUGACGGGUUAACAACAAUCUUGAAGGGAGCAAUCAUAGUGUGUGGCUUUCUGCUGCUGGUGUCAAUCUGCAUUUACAUCUUUGUCCACAAGAAGUAUGGUGGCCGUCGUUACUUGCGAAGGGACCAACAAGAGCUGAAUGUGCGAGGACCAAUGACAGAAGUGGAAAACAGUGCCUUUGUGUACGACGAAUAUCUUCCAGAGGAGGAGAACAAGAAAGUAGAUUACUAUGAUAUGUUACAUCAGAGAAUCUGGAAUAUUCCUCGUAACUUUUUGGACCUACAACCUGAAGUUCUAGGGGAAGGCAAUUUCGGCACAGUAUACAAAGGGACUGUACAGCGAAAGGGCCAAGUGACUCCAGUUGCCAUCUAUGCUAUACAAGAUGGGGAUUUACCGAGUGAUGAUAAACGCAGUAUGUUAGAGAACUUGGAUGUGUUAGUGAGAGGUGGAGACCAUAAGAACACCCUCUCUCUCACAGGAACCUGUGAGAGUCAAGACACCCUGUACAUUGUGUUGGAACACCAUCCUGCUACAUUGAAGGACAUAUUACUUCAGAGUCGCUGCUUACAACAUUCAGAGUUCUCUAAAUCUAGAUUUUGUUCUCUCUCUGAAUCUACUCUCCUAGACUUCCUGAUUGGUGUUGCUCAAGGAAUGAGUUUUCUUGCUUCCAAAAGGAUUGUACAUAAACAGCUGACCUGUUCCAAUAUCCUCAUGGCAGAUGGAGUUUUACCAAAAAUAACAGGAUUUGGUAUCGCUCAGUACAGCAGAAGAAAUAAGGUACCAGAUUACACUCGCUGGUCGGCUCAAGAAGUUUUGGCCCGAGGAAUGUAUGUUACCAAGAGUGAUGUGUGGUCGUUUGGAGUUGUACUUUGGGAGGCUUGUGCUCUAGGUGGUACGCCGUAUGCAGAGGUUGGCAGAGAGCAAGUGGUGGGGGGAGUGUUGAGGGGGCUGAGAUUGCCACAGCUGUCGUACGUCGGGGACACUUUAUACCAGCUGAUGCUCUAUUGCUGGCAAAUAGAUCUGGAUGAAAGACCUAAUUUCCCAGAGAUUAUAUCAGACCUCGAAUCUAUAAAGAUGAGCCCUGAAUUGCUCAUGGAGUUGAGUUUCAACACUUACAAGGAUUUCCAGUAUGAAACUUGUUCAACCAAUCUCGAACACAACUAGACGAACAACAUGAUCCAUUCCAUGUAGAUUAUCAACUAAAAUGUGACUAUUUGUUAGGGUAAGGACAAGUGGUGGCUAUUCAGAACCACGUGUAUAUAGAGCGAUUCCAGCACAAACCUUAUUUCUAGAUGAUAAUUAACUGUAUUAAUUAACUGUAUUAAUACUGAACUAACAACAUUCUUAUGGCACUUAAAAAUGGUUCAGUACUACAGUACUGUAUUUUAUACUAUUAGUUUCAUGAUGCAAUUUUAAGUAGUUUAUACAUUCUGUAAAAUGAAUUGCAUUUAAUAUCACGAGUACUUAUUAAGGCACUUUGGGUUAUCUUUACAAAAAUAACAGAAGCUUCUCAAGACUGGGAUUAGGAGACUGAUGUAGCGAUUGACUAACAGAAAGAAACGCUAUAUUGGACUGGCGCAGGCACCUGAACAGUACCACUCCAGUAGUAGUAUGAGUCAUUUUAUGUAUAAGAUGACACAUACUUACUACAAUUGAAGUGUUAAUCUUUGCAUCUUGUUGGGGUCAAGACCAAUAGUGUCAUGGAUCACAUUGGAGCUCGUAGGGCUUACUGUUCCGUGGUUGGAAAACUGAGAAACGAUGAAAAAAUCAUAUCUCUCUGAUAGAGUGAUCACAUUGUUGACCAAAGUCACUGGCCUGGGAUUCCCCUUUUAAUAGCACUUUCAUGUCAAUAUGUUGAAAAAUUGCAAUCUACAGUUUUUCAACAUAUUUACAAGAAUGUGCUCAAAACUUCUGUCACUGUCACCAAGUGACCAGGUCACUUCUGGACUCAAACUUCUGGAUCUUCAACUCAAUCAGCCGGUCUACUAUGACCCCGAAGCUAAGGUCGACAUUCCCAAAUAUUACCUUGAGCUGUGGCCUGGUUACAAUACAAGACCACCAUAAGGCAGCACAAACGAGAGGUUCUGUUGUGCGCUGAAAUCAUGCAAGGUUAUGAGGACUGAUACAUGCUGGGACUACUCAACUCCAUUGCAAGAAACAAUCCUCGGGAUUUCAAAUCCGAGUUUACAAAAGCAGUAGUGUAGUAGUACUCACUACUGCUUUCGUAAACUCGGAUUUGAAAUCCACUGCACCAGUGGUUCUCACUGAUUAUAACAACAAGACAUGUCAUAACUGACGUGGAUUGGGCUCAAAGUCCCGUUGUCUACACUUUUGACAAAGGUGGAACUCAAGUAUCUCAUAUGAAUUAUUAGUUAUUACAAAGAGAGAUACAAUAUUCAGAUAAGAAGCCCACAAAAUCAACCACUUCUCGUCUCCAAAAAAGGUUUAUUAGAUGUUAGUAGGCCUAUAGGGCUUUCAUAAUUUAGUUCAAGACAAUAAAUUUAAACUUGUAUACUACCUUUACAUAAGUAGAAAGAGAAAUUUUAUAUGAAUAAGUGAUUUAAAUGGAAAAAACCAAAACCGAACUGAUAAAAUAACCAACCCAUCACUAGUACAAGGUAUUACAUUUUGUUUGAAAUAUUUUCUUUAUUCAGCUGGGAAAUAUACACUGUUGUGUAAAGGAUUGUAAUGCAGUAAAACCCAAACUAACAGAAAUAAAGAGCCAUUUCGGAUAACCUGUUUAUGUGGUAACCUAUGGUUGGAAUUUAAAGGUAGUUUUGUCUCAAAGAGGUGUACAACAGUCACUAUUUAGGUUAUUUUAAUUUCUGUUUUCUUAAAACUUGAAACAGAAAAUCUAUUUUAUUUAUCGACAGUUGUGUUCUGAACUUCAUCCAUAUCAUGGUAUGAGAUCCAUGUCGUUACCUGCUCCAUUACAUUCCGUUGGUAAAGCUAAGUCAACUAUUUACGACAUGGCGGACGGUUCCAGUCUCCUAGCUAUUUUUUCAAUUGAUUGAAUUUUUUAUUCUUUAUUAUGGUGUGACUAACUUGGGUUCCUGUUUAAUGAAAGCGGUUGAAAAGGGUUUUAUUGUUACAUAUUGCAUUGUAGUAUAAAUAUCUUUCUAUGUUUUUUUAGUACAAUUACCACUCCGUCCAAUGGUUGUUUAUUCCUUUGAAAUAUGUUUGAUAGUUAAUAUUUGAGCUGUGCACAAUAUUUUUAGCACUGAAUUUUCAAUGAUUAGAUCAAUGUUUGGCAGUGGCGUAGCUACGGUGGAGCGAGUGGAGCAGUUGCUCCAGGGCAGAAGGCUCUAUGGCUCUAUUCUUCAAGAUAAGUAAUUGAUUGUAAAAUACAAGUUUAGUAUGGCGUAAGUUGAGUUUUAGGUGCUUAUUGAAUAAAUCAUCAUCUUUAAAGAAUAUUAUGAGGGAAAUUAAUUUAGUAUGUGCUCAAUGAUUAGCGGGACGAUUAAGCAAUUCUGCUCCAGGGCGCUCCAAUCUUGGCUACGCCACUUAUGUUUGGUACAUGACGAACAAAUUUUAAAAAUCAAGGACUUGAUUGUGCCUUAAAAUGAAAUGAUUAUAUUUAAGGUUGAUACUUACAUUGUAUUAUUUAUUGUUUUAGAGCUGUACAUAGUAGAGAUGUUUUGUGUAUUAGGUACUUUUUUCCACAUUUAUAUACUUUUUAUACCGUACAUGAAGAUUAUUAUUUGUACUCUUAAUCUAGUUCAUAGAUUAAUGAAUGAUUACUAUCCACAAUAAAAGUCAUCCUUCCUUAUUUUUUUUUUUUAUUAUGAGUAAUAUUUAUAGUUACUUAUACUUUUUUAAUUACAAUCACUAACGUAGUUUGGUUAGUUUCAGUUAAUUUAUAAAUUGAAUAAUUCGUUGUCUAAAGUAGGUUCUCUGUAAAUUGUUGUUGAUGUUGAAAUAUACAUAAUAAUUUGUGCACAACUAUUUUCAUCACAGAGCUUAAUAAUUGUUGAUACACAAUUUGUUUUUUUUAUACAUGUCACACACAAAUUUAAUAUCUAUUCAUAAGGGUUUUCCAAAUCCCUCAUACAUAAUUAUGUGUCAGUAGCCUGCUUAUUGACUAUGAUGGAUGGACUACCCAUUUUACACACAGCUAAAGGAAGUACUUAUAUGUGUUUAUAUAUUUGUAGCCUACACCUACAAACAGAGCUAUAUAAGGUAAAAGUAAUAUAAUGUUUUUUUUUACGAUUUUGUAUUUACUAACCACCUACUUUCAAAGUUCUCACUAGUCAAUACUUCAAAGUGUAAUUAGACGUUUUAUUUACAUGUGUGGGUACAAAAAAUUGUCAUAUUAGUUAAGUAUAUUCACAACAGAUUAUUUAUUUACCACACUACUCGGUUAAGCUGAUUAGCAGCAGAUGUGAUAUUUUCAUUAAUUUUCUGUGAAUCUGAAUGUAGUAUUUUUUUAAAUGUUCUUUAUUGAUUUUAAUAAAAAUGAUAUUUUAGUAUUAUAAUUUAAAAGUUUUGUGUUUAUGUUUAUUUAUAUAAAUAGAAGGUAUUAUUUUAGUCAAUAUUUUCAGCCAUUUUAAAUCCUGUUGUGUACUAUUCUAAAAUCUUAAAAGUAAACUCAAUUGAUCUGCCCAAAACUGAAAUCGUUCAAUUUAGUCCAAUAAAUUAACACAAUAAUUGUAUGGUAAACAAUGUACAUGAUCUCUUUGUCAGCAAGUGCCAUGUCACUAUAUAGUUUAUCAAAAAUCAAAAAUGUUCUUGCACGGAAAUUUAGUUUUACCUACUUUUUGUUUACAUUUGUACUUACAACAUAAAUAUUAAGGACAUUUAGAAUUUUUAUGUUUGGUAAAUAAAUGCUUUUAGCUAUA